ACCCUUUGGCGGGUGGGUGCGUCAGAGGCGGUGUCAGGGGAGGUGGCGGCUCCAGAGAUGGCAGUGAGCGAGAGGAGGGGGCUCGCCCGCCGGAGCCCCGCGGAGUGGGGGCAGCGGCUACUGCUGCUCUUGCUCUUGGGCAGCUGCUCUGGACGCAUCCACCGGCUGGCGCUGACUGGGGAGAAGCGAGCAGACAUCCCGCUGAACAGCUUUGGCUUCUACGCCAAUGGCUCCCUGGAGGUGGACCUGAGCCUCCUGCGGCUGGGCCUCCAGGAGACAGAAGAGAAGACCCCGCUGGUGAGGGGCUUUGAGGAAUUUGCUGGUUGAGGGCGAGGUGCACAAGUUUCCCUAUCCCCCCCGCUCUAGCCCCCAGUUCGUAGCUCCGCCUCUCAUCCGUGUGAUCUUGGGCAAGUCCGUUGGCCUCUCUGAGACUCGGUUUCCUCAUCUGUAACGUGAGAAUAAUAAAAUCUCCCGCAAUAUGUGGUAGGCCCCGAGCUGGGCUUGGUGGGGGGAGGGCACACCAAUACACAAGAUAUCCCUAGUUCCUGCAGUCAAAAUGAGUAGCUAGCAUUUUUUUAAUGCCCACUGAGUACCAAGUACCUGGCAGAGCAGUUUCCAUGGGUCUGUUCUCUCAUAGCCACCUCUCAGGGAUGCUGUAAAAACGUUACACCUGUAAACCCAGCUUUCCAAGUGUUGACACAAGCUCAGAAGUAUGUGGCUUGCUCAGAGUCACAGUGCCUGUAUGCACUGUGUGUGCUGGGUUCCACAGCUCAAGGCAGGAAGCCAUCAACA